AUGGCGGAGGGGUGGUUGCCCUACGUGGUGGAGGAGCUGCAGCUGCGCCUGGCCACCAGCCCCGACCCGAAGAGGCUGAGGAAAGAUCUGAAGAAACUCUCGGCCUUGCCAGUCACCGCAACCGUUCUGAGGAGGACCGGGGUCGGGCAGACGGUAGGUCGGCUGAGCACACACGAGCAUGUCGGCAGCCUCGCCAGGGAGCUGGUGGCCAAGUGGAACAGGCUGGUUCCUUUGGAAGGAAACGCAGAGCCAGAUGCAAGGCGCUCGGAGAAGAGCGACUCCCGAAAGCGCCCCAGGGAUGCCCCUCUGAAGGGGGGCGCGAAGGGGCGCCACGAAGAAAACUGCCAGGUCUCCAGCAGCCGACCGGACGGGCCUGAGGACCGACAGAAAAAACACAAAACAGCCCCCGAGUCUGAGAGGCCACGCCAAGGGGCCCACGGAAUCGCCCCCGUUUAUUCUUUGGAUCGGGAAUCUUCUGGUUGCGGCCUUUCCCCUCCCAAGGCCGCUGGGCCUCGGCAGAGGUCCCCGGAAUGUGAUGGAUGCCCCUCUGAGACCCGCGGGGCACGGUGGAGGCCCGGGCAAGGCCGCUCCGAGGCGCCUCGUGACGGACAGCGGCUGGGUCGCGACCAGCGCCGCCGCGCACGGCAGGAGAACCGGGCCGCGCGUCCGCGCAAGGGGCACCCGUCUCCCCCCGGGGACAGAUGCCCAGUGGGUGCCCAGGGAAAUGAGACGGGCUCUGUGCCCGCCAACCAGAAGUCACACCAAGCCUGCUCCCGAGAGGAGGCCGGGCCUUACUCCCAGGGGAGCGCCCUGGAGAACCCGCCCUCUGGGGGCGCCCUGAGAGAGAAGGAAAAAGAGGGGGGCAGCACCCAGCGGUCCCCCCCUGCCUCGGAGGCUAUGUCAGGCAAUGGCUUUAAAAAGCAGACGAGCAGCAACCCAGAAAACAAGAAAUCUAACGAAAACAAGCAAAGUGUGUACAGUCUAUGCACAGGAAAGGGGGCAGGAGACCGGCUGCCCAAGGUGAAAGAAGCUUCCAACAACCUAAAGACGCAAGAGAAACUAAAAACUUUUAGCUUGGCGAGCCAGUCCGUGAGCUCACUCCCUGAAGUCAGGAAGGCAGACACGGAUCAUGGCUGUGAGCAGCCCACCAUGUCUUUUGAGUCCUACCUCAACUAUGACCAGCCCCCGAAGAGAAAGAAAAAGACUGUGAAAACAUCAGCUGUUUCUCUUGAACGUAGGGGACUGAAAAAAAAUUCCAAAAGCACAUGUGGAAACUUGAACUUGGGUCAGGCAUUCCCUGAGGUGGCUGAAAUGAAGUCAGAGAAGCUACAGCCAACUGGGGCCCAUUUCGCCAAGCUGGACACGGUCCCCAGUGGCGCUUUACCAGUCCUGCCUGACCCCUCAUCACCCAGGCUACCAGCUAAUUACCCUCCACUUCCUGCAUUUGAACUGAUAACCUCCUACCAACCGGAGCAAAAAGUACUGUCUUCCCCCCAGAGAGAGGAAGAAGCUGGAUUUACUGGGUACAGAAUGAAUUCUAAGAUGCAGGUGUUUUCUGGCUCCAAGCACGCCUGUCUCCCCCACAUGAUGACCUUGCGGGAACAAUGCAUUCGGGUACUUAAAAAUAACAUCAAUUCAAUCUUUGAAGUGAGCAGUGUACCUUAUUUUGUUCUUGAACCUGUUUUGGAGAGUUGUACCCCUGAUCAGCUGUAUCGCAUAGAAAAAUACAAUCAUAUGCUGGUUGAAGAAACAGAUAAAUUGUGGAAAAAUCAUUGUAACCAAAAAUUUAAGAAAGAAAUGCCCUCAGAGCAUGAAUCGUGGCGGGAGAUGUAUCUUCGGCUUCAGAAAGCCCGAGAGCAAAGGCUGCGAGCACUAACAAUGAAUAUCCACUCUGCACAUGCCAAUAAACCCAAGGGUCGACAAACAAAGAUGAUCUUUUUCAACUCUAUGACCAACCUGCCUUCUGAUAUUUCAAGGAGGCAGAAAUCUGAAAUAGGAGCAGCUGUUCCGGAAAAAAUCAAGAUCAAGCCAUCCAGCUACCCCACAGGAAGCAGUGCUACUCCCUCCAGCAGUGCCAGUGGCAGUAGCAUUGAGCCUAUCUCAGGCACCAGCAGUGCCCACUGGGUGCAGGUUGCCAGCAGCAAGAAACCUGCAAAGAAAACUGCACCACUAAUGGCUAAGACAAUUAGAGACUUCAAGAACAGAUUCUCCCGAAGGUAAACUGAGGACAUGACUUGGAGAUGGAAGUUGAGGAGAGGAAUACAAAGGCAGUGGGUGGGAGGUUAGGGAUGAGGACUCCCACAAAAGACCGGAGUGUUUUGCUUUGUGGGAACU